AUGGGUCGCGUCAGAACCAAGACUGUCAAGAAGGCCGCGCGCCUCAUGAUCGAGAAGUACUACCCGCGUCUCACGCUGGACUUCGACACCAACAAGAAGAUCUGCGAUGAAGUGGCCGCCAUCCCCUCGAAGCGCCUCCGCAACAAGAUCGCCGGUUUCGUCACUCACCUGAUGAAGCGCAUCAAGAAGGGACCCGUCCGCGGCAUCUCCUUCAAGCUCCAGGAGGAGGAGCGUGAGAGGAAGGACAACUACGUGCCCGACGUGUCCGCCCUUCAGGUCGACCUCAUCGAAGUCGAUUCCGACACCAAGGACAUGUUGAGGUCCAUCGGUCUCGGUGACCUUGCCGGCGUGCAGGUCGUGUCGCUCGAGAACCUUCCCUCCAACAAGCCCGUCUUCCAGCACCGCGGCGAGAGGCGCGACAGGGGAGAGAGGCGCGAGCGGGGUGAGCGCUCGGGCGCUCCCAAGAAGCCCGAGGCUCCCGUCGGUGCGCCCGAGGAGGCCUACUAA